CUCAUCAAGCAGACAGGGGCACUGGUGCGUGGCCUUGGGGCCUGAGUGCUGUCCUGCUGGAUCUUAUCAGUGGUUGGAUCUCUGGCAGAGCUGUGGCUGCAAGUGAGGCUAGACUCAGGACUUGCCCGCCAGGAUUUAGAACAGGGCCUGUCUCCCUGAGGAGCAGGAAACACCCUAUUCCUCCUGAAGCGGUCUGACAGGGUGCCAGGGCUGAAGGCUUGCUGAAAAGGUUUCAGUUUCAAGGUUUCAUUUCUAGGUUGCACCCAGAGAGGCUUGGGUGGCUACUGGUAGCAGUUGCAUCAGCUGGUCUUUUGCUGCCUGUGAUCUUCCAGGAACAACCGUGUCCAGGAGGCAGAAGGUUCCUGGUGCGGACAGAUGCCAUACUCCAGCCUGCAUCCAUCUAUCAUCCCAUGCCCCAGGGGCCACAGGGCCCAGCAGGCAGCUUUGGUCCUGCUAGCGCUCUGCCUGAUGGUCCUUGUGGGGACGGGAGAGCCAAUGGACCACACUCUCCGGUACCUGGUGUUCCACCUCGCCUCCCUGCAGCUGGGCCUGCUGUUGCAAGAGGCUUGCUCUCUGGCCGAGGAGCUGCACCACGUCCAUUCCAGGUACCAGGGCAGCUACUGGAAGGCUGUGCAGGCCUGCCUCGGCUGUCCCAUCCGCUGUGUGGCAGUGCUGCUGCUGUCCUGCUAUUUCUACUGCUCCCUUCCGAUGGACACUGGCCUAUCACUCAGCUGGACACUUGCACUCCUGGGCCUCUCAAAAGCUCUCAGCAUCCUCCUGGGCUUCCAGGUCCUGGCUCCCGCUGAGAUCUCAGCAGUCUGUGAAAAAGGGAACUUCAAUGUGGCACACGGGCUGGCAUGGUCAUAUUACAUCGGGUACCUGCGGCUGAUCCUGCCAGGGCUCCAGGUGCGGAUCCAAGCUUACAAUGAGCUCCACAACAACAUACUGCGGGGCACAGCCAGCCGCCGGCUGUACAUCCUCUUCCCAUUGGACUGUGGGGUGCCUGACGACCUGAGUGUGGCGGAUCCCAACAUUCGCUUCCUGCAUAUGCUGCCCCAGCACAGCAUUGACCAUGCUGGCAUCAAAGGUCGGGUUUACUCUAACUGCGUCUAUCAGCUUCUGGAGAAUGGGCAGCCGGUGGGCACCUGUGUCCUGGAGUACGCCACCCCCUUGAAGACCUUGUUUGCCAUGUCACAGGAUGCCAGGGCUGGCUUUAGCCGGGACGAUCGGCUUGAGCAGGCCAAACUCUUCUGCCGAGCGCUUGAGGAUAUCCUGGCAGACGCCUCCGAGUGUCAGAACAAGUGCCGCCUCAUCGUCUAUCAGGGACCUGCAGAGGGAAGCAGCUUCUCACUGUCCCAGGAGGUUCUCCGGCACCUGCGGCAGGAGGAGAGGGAGGAGGUUACCCUGGGCAGCUCGGAGACCUCGGGGGAGUCAGACUCAACCAUGCAGGAGCCCCAGCUCCUCAUCAGUGGGAUGGAACAGCCUCUCCCGCUGCGUACGGAUAUCUUCUGAGGCCGGUCACCUAGCCUGAGCUUCUGGUGGUCCUUAAGAUUGUGGACCGGGGGCUUCUUCAGCGGCUGGAUGUCCAGCAGAGCUCCUUCCUCCCACGAGGGACCUGCGGGAGAGGGUGGGCCUGGACUUGACAUCUCCAGCUGAGUCCUGUAUCCUUGGCAAGGCUCACCUCGCUGAGCCAAGUCUUCUCAUCUAAAAAACAGGGUAACUCUUUCCCUGCCAGCCUUAUAGGCUCAUUAUGAGGACUCUGUGUGCGUGACAUUCUGAGUAAAUUAUAACUG